UCUGUUUUUUAUUCGGAUUUUCUAAUUAAAGCUUUGCAAAUUUUAUUGACACUUGAGAAUGACUUCUGAAACUUCAGUCAAAUUUAACUCAUCGGAUUAUCUGUACCAAGGGUCAUCAGAUGAUCCUCCAGUACCACUUCAUUUUGAGGGUACAGCCUCCACAGAAAUUAGACCAACAUGGACAGAUACUGCGAAAUCAAAACUUGCUCGAAUUGGGUCACCAUUCAAAAAAGUUAGACUGGAAAUAGUGGCGUUCUUGUUUGUAUUCUCAUAUACGAUGACAAGAAUUUCAUCCACUACCAUGAUAAUCGACAAAGUUUGUCUUGCACACUUUAAAUUCCCUGAGGAGGUCUGCAAAAAUCUGCACAACUUCACCCAUGCGAAAUCAUCUGUGGAAAAAUUAGCAACCAAUUAUCAGCUUGGACAUACUUUAAUUCAAACUGCUCCAGCUGCCUUGCUUGCUUGUUUCGUUGGGCCAUGGAGUGAUCACUAUGGCCGAAAAUUCCCCACACUUCUGGCAGUAUUUGGAAUGGUGCUGGAUACAGCAGGAUCCGUAGUUUGUGCCUAUUAUUUAAACAGCAGAGUGGAAUAUUACUUUAUACCAGCAUUUUUCACGGGUGCUUUCGGAGGCGUUGUCUCAUUACUCGCAGUUGUGUACAGUUAUGCUUCAGAUCUGACCGCGUAUGAGAACAGGACUAUGAAGUAUGCCUUUAUUGAAAUGGCUUCUGGUUUUGCCAUUCCCUUCGGAGCUAUGGCUGGAGGUUGGAUCUAUGAGUUCUUUGGGUAUGCACCGGUGUUCUUUUUCUCGGCAGCAGGUCUCCUAUUUAGCUUUUUCUGGGUUUUAUUCUUGCUUCCUGAAACGCGGGGCAUUGGAAACACUGAUCCAUGGUCUGUGAAAAUAAAGAACUUGUUUUCUUGCAAAUCGUUUAAAGAGAGUUUCAUAGCUACAGCCAAAAAACGGCCUCAUAAUGGAAGGCUGCAAAUCGUUCUACUGAUCUUAUCCAUGUGUUUCCUGGUGAUAACUAUAAAUUCUACUGGGGACAUUAACUACUUGUAUGUUCAUCACCAAUUCAAUUGGGGGAAUUCAACUUAUUCUACAAUUACAGCCAUCUAUUCUGUAUUUGCAAUCCUGUUAUUGCUCAUUGUAGUUCCCCUCAUGAAGUAUUUUAAAACUGGAGAUCCUACACUCGGUUUAAUUGGAACAGUAUCCUUGCUGGGGAAGAAUAUCGGUGUCGGUCUGGCUUACAAGCCCGGAAUUUAUCAUUUCGCUAGCCUUUUUGGACUUUUGGGUACUUGCUCAACCUUAGCGGCUCGUUCCCGUAUAUCCAAAGUUGUAUCCGAUGAUGAUUUAGGUAAAGUUUUUUCUUUUGUUGCGACGGCGGAAUCUUUGCUUCCAAUUCUGACAACAGUUCUUACGUCUCAAGUGUUCAAUGCUUUUCUGAACACUUUUGCUGGAAUGCCGUACAUGAUGCUUGCGCUUUUCUUGUUAUUACCACUCGGAGUAUUUAUAUGGCUGACUUGUUUACCGUCUAUGGAUUAUCAGGAUGUCUAUCAUAAUAACGAAGCAAAAACUGAUUAUCAAACACAUAUGUGACUAAAGGAUUCCUGGAAAAAUGUUUAUUUAGCUCAAAAAAAACCAAAA